AUGGCGGAAGCCCCACGCAACACUCUGUUACCUUCAGGUUACGACGAGGAGUUUGUGUAUGAAGUUGAAGAUGAUUUUCUUUGCUUAAUUUGUCAACUGCCGCUGAGGGAGCCUUUUCUUACAAGAUGCGGUCACAGAUUUUGUAAUGCAUGCCUCGAGGAACAUUUGAGAAGGUACGCCUAGCUGACUGAGUUCUAUGCAGUGUUUAGUAUUGAAGAAUAUUGAUCCAAAACCAUACCACCUUAAGGUGGAGUACGAACUCCGGUACUAUAUUCCAAUCAUCACCUCAAUGGUACGCACAUCUCGUCAAGGAAAAGUCGACCUGCAUUUACUGAUCAUGAGGCACACGACGUCGACCCAGCUUAGACCAGCUUAGUCGAUUUAUUGGUCGAAGACAAUGUCACUCAACUUUAGUUUUAAAAUAGAGGGGAAAGCAAGUUCAAAAAUCUAAACUGAUACAUUUAUGCUCUUUAGAGAACACUUUGGAUAUAUUUUUGGCACAGUAGACAGUUUAGCUUGUUUUCUAUUUUUUAACCUUUGCCGAAAUGACAAAUUGUUUUUCGUUUCCUCUGUUUAGAGUAGUCAUUGUUCGGUGUCACUGAUCUAUUCAGGAAUAUGGUUUCACGUGAUCAAUGUAUGCAUAGCAAAUGUCGCUCGCAUAACCUGGUCUCCUAGCCUGCAGACAUCUCUUAAUUCCUUUGAAACAAAGUGAAAGCAAAGGAAUAAGAGACGUCUGCACUCGGGCUACUGGCCUUCCUAAAAGAGCUUAAAAACCAUUUAAAUUUUUAAAAUUAUUGCGCGCUUAUGUGGAUUCUAUGCUCCGAAAGCCUGCAUGGAAGAAGUAUUGUGGCGGUCAAAUUAACGUAUUUGAUGUCUUAAAGAAUAGACAGAUCGCGCGCUUUUUAAGACUCCCCAGCAUGCCCGACCACCCUUUGUAUCCUUCCCUAUACUCAAAACGAAAGAAAGCUCUGCGUGCCUCCGAGUUCCAAGCAGCCAACUACCUGGGAUUAAUAUUCAGCGCUUUAAAAAUAGUUUCAUCAAGGAGGCUUUUUUUUAAUUUAAUGUAUUUUCUAAUGUUGAUGUUAAUUUCAGUUUGUCAAUAUUGUUAUACGCCGAACAUUUCACUGAUUUCAUGAUGAGCCGAACCUAAUUCGAAUUAAGGCCGACCCAAAUUAUUUAGACCGGCUGAAUUGAUUCAGAUGCUGAUCUUAAUUGCAGUUGAACUAAGUUGAAAAUGCGAAAAAUACUCAUUUCGGUCAAACUGCUUACAAAAUACGUUAUAAUAAUUUAUGCAUUAGGUUCGGUACAGGAAAAGUUCGGCGUCUGAAUCAAAGCCGUUCCAAAGUCGCUCCAAACUGUCCAAACUGUCCAAACGAGGUGUAUUGUGGGAGAUGUUGGGAGAUGUACAAAUGUCGAAUGCCUAGUUUGCGAUUACAUUGCACAUUUUUUUGUGUCGAUGUACGGGUACUAGUGGAAUGGUUAUGAAACCCGUCAGACUCCUUUGUUAUAUGUUUUUGUGGACCUGAAAGUGCACAACGUUCAAAAGAAUUCCUAUCAUUUUGAUUGUAUUGACCAAUAAAAACGUUGCAUUAAUUUAUUCCGUAACAAUUUGCUAACAGAAAACAAAGGAUUGUGCACUUUCAGGGUGCUUCUAACAUAAACUGCAGCACUGUUGCUUUUAUCAUUGAUGUUUGCCGCUUUUCAUAACCAGUCUCCUCUAAUAACUAUGGUUUAACCCGAUUUGAAAUUAAUUGCUUGUAAACACAUUUACGCUUUUACCACACUUGCUCCUAACUCAGUCUGCGUAUCGACCGCGAUCAGUUUCAAUACGUAAAUUGUUUGUCUAGAUCUUUUACUCUAUUUUUUUUUGUAUAUUUAUUCAUUUACUCAUUUUAAUUGUCUCUCACACCGAAAAACAGACAAGAAGUUCAGAACCAGCCUUACACUUGUCCCGCAGAUAGGAAAGGCCUGGACCGAGACCGGGUAAAUCACUUUCAUUUACCUUGUAACCUCUGUGUCUAUUGCGUUUUGGUCUCGUCUAUUCUUUUUAUCUAAAGCUUGCAUGCAAAACUGUGUAAAAAUGGGUAAAAAUUUGAAACGAGCUGCCACCAAGUGAUAAAAUAAGAAAUUUAAAAAACUUUUAGAGCAAGACCGUCGCAUCCACACAUUGACGUUUUAAGUCGUGAAAAUGCGAGAUUAAUUUCAAAGGUAUUUAAGCAAGUUGAAGAAAAUCAUCUUUGAUUAAUAAUAAUAAUAAUAAUAAUAAUAGUUAUUUGCUGUACUAAUAAUAAUAAUGACCAUCAUCAUUAUCAUCAUCAUCAUCAUCUAAUCAAACGUUGACUAAAAAAAUAUAUAAAAACAACUGUCCUUUGAGUCAAAGAGGCACCUCAGGCGCGGAUCUAGGAUAAAUCAGUACUGACCGAUUUCCUAAACGAGCGUCGAGGGCGCAAGCUUCUUCAGGGUUCAUACAAAAAACUGCAACCAUUUUCCAAGGACUUUCCAAGGACCACCUACUAGGACUAUAAUUUCACAGAUUGUAGAAAAGUGCACAUUUCUAGUCCAUUCUAAUGAGACUUUAAGGCUUGAACUGUUUGCUUCACCAACUUCUCUACACUUUUCAGUUCACUUGUCUUAAAUUGAUAGUUAAUUAUUGCAAAAACAUUGAGCACUUUAUGUAAAUAACCUUUAAAUUCUCUGAGCUAUGAUUUAUAUUCUGUCUUGCACAACCAAAAAGCAUCCAAAAACUCUUUCCAGGCUACUCCAUUCAAAGUUGAUGAAAAUUGAACGACUUUUCAAGGACUUGCACAGAAAUUUAAGGACUUUUCAAGGAAAAAUGGAAUUCAAGGUCUUUUCAAGACUGUGAAAACCCUGUUCUUCUGCAUACACCUCAGUGAAAUAGUUUGGAUUUUUACUCCCUAAAGUCAACUUUCCUGGGUUUCUGAGUCAUUCAGACAGGAUAUUGGCCAGAUUUUAAAUUAACAAAUUAAAAAAAAGGAAACAAACUUAUCUAUGAAAAACCUGACCGAUUUUCGUAAAACGGUGGAAGCUGGUGUGGAUCCGCGCCUGCACCUAUUAACACGUGUUCCAUAGUUUCCCAUGAUCCUUUUCUAUCACAACACCUAAAGAUUCAUAUUGGAUUGAUCUUGAGCACUACGUUUAAUUUUCUUUCUAAUUAUACUGUAGGAUGUAUUUCCUGACAACGCAACAGGAAGGAAAAUUUUGUCAAUGGUGAUCAAAUGUCCAAGUGACGGUUGUUCGUGGACUGGUGAGCUGAGGGACAAAGAGGUAAAAAACCAAAACAAGAAUUGUAUCCAAGGAGCGAUGGAUUCAGUUUGUGUCAAACAUGAUCAUUUCCUAGUUGAGUAGACCCCACUCCUUUCCACCCACCUUUGAAACUGAAUAAAUCAAGUAUUUUACUCAUGGCGUUACGUUCCCAUGCGUCCUGAUGACUGAAAGUGUGGAGGGAUAAAAUGCAAAUGUAGAGCGGUAAACGCUCAGAUUCGUAGAGUCAGUUUUGGCAUGUGCACUUUUCCCCCUACACAGCACGAAAAACUAAAUUUACGUUAGCUUAGCGACAAGGUAAAGUCAGCGUAAAGUUGAAUUUUACACAACUUUUCGCCUCUUUACUCAACGUAAAGUUCAACGUAAAGUUGAAUUUUACACAACUUUUCGCCUCUUUACUCAACGUAAAGUUCAACUUUACUACACCUUUACGCAUCGAUGUAAAACUGGCGUAAGUAAACAAAACCUUUACGCAGAACCUUUAAGUUUAGCGUAAAGCUUGUACAAAGUCCAGAUUUAACCCAUCUUUAAGCUUAUGUAAAGUUACAAUAAAAAGAUAAAAGUAAUGGGUACAUUUUUCUUACCAAACUUUUAACAAACAAGAUUUCUUUUGAGUUGAUUUUCCACACAUAGUUUUCUUUUUGUACUUAAUACUGUGAUUUUUUGCUUCCAUCAUCUCGGCAUAGUAUUUACAAUCUGGAGCUAUGAAUUGAGGAUUACUCCAACACAAUUACAUUUACCCUGAUAUGUAACAACACUUUAACACACAGUUAAAGGAUUUGGCAAGACAAAACUUUUAUUCUUCACAACUGAUAACAAAACGAAAAGUUAUGAAGCAUUGAACACUCACUGGAACUGUCAGAGCAGUCAUCCCGACUUAUAAUGAUCAAGAUCAAGUUAUAACUUGCUUUAAAUGGAACUAUAUUUUAUUUUGUUUUACCACUGCAGUUGAACUUUAAAUAUGCCAAAAGUAAUGAACAAACCCUUUAUGAGCAAAAAUUACACUGCCCAUAAAUAAAAUUAAAUUUUCAGCGAAAAACUUGAAAUAUCAAGAAAACUUUUAAAUAUUUCAUUUCACUGAAUGUUAUAAAUAUGAAAGUUAUAAAAAGCUUUUAAUAAAUUGGAUUCACAGGAACACUGAGGAUCAUUUCACUUUUUUUACUUGCCCGACAUCAAAAUUUACUUGCCCCGGGCAAUCAGACCUGAUUUUUUUCCCCGCCCUGCAAACCAAUACUUUUGGGUGAUUUCUGCAGUAAAGGCACUAAAAAGUUGGCCCAACUUUUACAAAUUUCAAUCCACGUCCAUCGUUUAUUGUUUUGUUUGCCAAAAAAUUAUACAAAUCAAAUAAAAUCUAAUUACCUUAACUCUCAUGGCGAGGAAGCCCAAGAGAAGCCACCGGGCUUAUAACGAAUGGGCUCCCUCAGUUAGAUAAUUAGAACAAAAUAUUAUCAUAAUUACACACGGGAAAAUCAAUGGCAGAGCUACAGUAAAUCUUAAAAUAAGUAUAUUAGAUAGUCGUACUAAUCAAAGUUCUAGGCUAAAAAAAGCGAAAUGACAAAAAGAAAAAAACAAAAGAAAAUAAAAGAGCAAAGGAAGAAAAAAAAAUACAUAUAUAUAUAUAUAUAUAUAUAUAUAUAUAAAUUACUAUUUAUGAUAAAAGGAAUGCUUUCAGCUUACAGCAAAAGGAAGAGGGACUUGUUGCAUUUCGAAUUUCAAAACUAAGAGAGUUAAAAAAUAAUCCUUGUCAUCUACAGCAACAGAUGACAGGAAACAGUCUCAAUGCCUCUAUAUAGUCUUAAAUAACAAAACUGAAUCAUUAUUUUUUUAAAUUCAGUUGAUGCUAAGACACAUUUAAGCCAGCUCUCAAAGAGAUAGUAAAACAUAGCAUGACACAGCCCCUUAAAUGCAAUGUAAAAUGCAUAUGUGGAAAAGAUGUUAAAAAAGGUUCUAAUUGUUAUUUUUAAUACUGAUAUUAAGCAGCUGGACAACAACUUUUUUGUCUUUAGCAUGGAGGUAGUAUUUCAAGAUUUUCAUUUAAAAAACUUGACUUGAUUGACUAAGCAUACAGCACAGUAACUUGUGGCUGGAAUUAAGUUCAGUGCUCCUGUCUUCUUUGAGAGAACUUUCUGCACCAACAUCAUAUACCAAGGUUUCUGUUGUAUGAAAAACAAAACAAAGUGCUAUUAAAAAAAAAUCGUGGGCUAUUCUUGCUCCACUAGCCCCAAGCUAUCGGACAGCACUUAAGUCACACCCUGAAUAUGUUUACAAAUGUAUAAGUUGCAGUUAAAUUUUUGUUUUUCGGUUGUUUUUAUGUAUGGUAAUUUAUGUUGGGGGAGGAGGAGGAAAAUCUUUUAGCAGUAAGAUAACUUUAGCAAUGUAGAAUAUGCUUAUAAGAAUUAAAAAAUAUUAUCACCACUUUUUUGGGCAAUGUGGUGCAUUUUGCUGGCUUAAAUGGAGAAUUUAGCAGGCUAAGAUAUAUUUUAGCCCGCUGAAAUAAACCAAUGUGAAGUGAGAAUCAAAUAAUCAUUCGAUGAAAGCAACCAAUCCAAAUCGAGAAAACCAAAUGCAUUCAAUUCAACCAGUUAUACCAACUACCCUUUGGAAAUUGUACCAUUAAUUUCAACACUUCAAAAAACUUAAUUGAAAUUUCCUUUCUUGUCUUUCACAAUUUUUGUAAGCUCAAAAGGGAAGAUUUUUGUAAUUUCUAGCCAGCUUCGCUUGAUAGUGUAUUUUAUUGAGGAAAAAUAGAGGCCCUAAGCAACUUGUUAAACACCAAGGCCUCGUCAACCUCUAUUGCCAGAUAUCUAUAAUAGUCACCUGAGUCAAUUGUUGACUAUUAACAGUAACGUUUAAGUCAUCAUUUAAAUUCCUUAGUUGGUAGUGGCUUCCAAUUAUCAUAUAUUUUGUCUUUUUGACAUUUAAUGUGAGUUUAUUUGAUUUCAGCCACUUUUGAACCUCAUCCAAGUCUUUCUUUAACUUUUCUUCACGAGUUGUUGGGUCAUAAGUGGAAAGGGUAAACGAGGUGUCAUCAGCAUACAUAAGUGCAGAUGAUGACAGCUCACAAUCUUGAAGGUCAUUUAUAUAAAUAAGAAACAACAAGGAUCCAAGUAAAGAACCUUGUGGGACCCCCAAACUAAUAGGAAGAUAGUCUUAUGGAGUUCCAUUUACAUAAGUACUCUGAAUGAGAUUUGAUAGGUAUAAUUUGAACCACUGAACUGCAUGUGGGUCGACACCAUAAAGUUGCAGUUUUUUCAACAAUAUGCUGCGGUCAGCCGUAUCAAAGGCUUUCUAAAGAUCCAGAAAGAGUACACUGUUAAUUAGGCCAUCAUCAAUAUUUAAGUACCAGUUGUUAGAAGCUUCAAGCAAGGCAGUCAAAAUAGAAUGCAUCGGUCUGAAACCAUGCUGAGAACCUGCCAGCAAAUUAUUGUGAGUUAGGUACUCAUAAAGUUGUUUGAAAAUAACCUUUUUGAUUAUUUUACUGACAACUGGUAGAAUAGAUAUAGGUCUAUAGUUGUUAGGAUCAGACUUAAUAUCCUCCUUAUAUAAAGGUAAUACUUCGGAAAUUUUCCACUCGUCUGGAAAAUACCCACAUCUAAUGGAUAGGUUAAUUAUGAGAGAAGGCACGAUUUCAGGACAAGCUUCUUUUAAAAGCCUUGCAGAAAUACCAUCCAGACCAGUAGCCUUGUUGACUCAAAGGGAACUCACUAAACCGUGAACAACACCGCAGUGAGUCUCGUUCAGUACGUGUUCCAUCAAACUCUUUUGAACAAAACAGUUUGAUACAGUUUGGUCUUCAAACAUGGUUAAAGAUCCAUAUGAUCGUCUGUAAUUUUGUGACAGCGUCCCCCAAAACCAUAUAAACUCUUACUUUUUUUUAUGAUUACUGUGAUAUUCCUGAAAAUGGGCAAACAUAGUGAUUUUCGAAUUAGUUCCUUCCAAGUAGUAGAUGCAUAACGAAUUUUACAGUUAAACAAAAAAGGGAAAAAUAUUUUAAAGAGUUUAUAGGGUUUUGGGGGACACUGUCACAAAAUAAAAGACAUUUGUAUGGAUCUUUAACCAUGUUUCAAGAGUCAUAACUUGGUUCCUGUUCAACUUUAGAGCACCAAACCUGGUCAAAUAACCAAUCUCAACAUGACCAAUCUCAACAUGACCCAGCAGUGCUGUCAACUCUCCUGUAUAAUCCAGGGGACUCCCGAUUUUGAACCAUUUCUCCCGGUCUCCAGAUUAGAGUCUGAAAUCUCCUGGAUAAUUGCCAAAGUUCGCUAUUUCUUGUAGAUUCGACUUUCUGUCAAUGAAAUUUCAAAUAUUUUGCGUUGUUUGAGCUAUUUAACUUUAAACAUCGAACGUUUCCUCAGAAACCCCGGUAUGUCAUUGUAAUAAUUAUACAUGAUUGGUGGGAAAUAAACCAAUCAGGUACAAAUGUUACAACUUCAACUAAAUCUUUUUCACAUGUUUUUUUGCACAAAUGACGUCAUGUUUCGUGCAGUAUGACGUCAUAUAUUAUCCCUUCCUUCCCUGUCAAUUCUCAAUAUUUGAAGAUGUGGGGGUGGGGGGGGGGGGGAGGGGGGGUUAGAAGCCCUCCCCCAUUUCUUUACCAACCUCCAAAAGGGUCAAUAAAUUUUAAAAUUGAAGUGUUAGCACCGACAAAGGGAAAAACAACUUAAAAUUUGGAACCAGGAACACUAACCCCAUCUUACAUUCCGCAUUCUCCCGCAAAAUCUCCCGUCUUGGAUACCCUUACCUUUAUAUGCCCCAUUUCCUUACGCAACUCCAAAAUGGUCAAUAAAUAUUACAAUUGUAGUUGUAGCUCAGCACAAUGGUUAAACAAGCUUAGAUUUGGAACCAGGAAAGCUUACCUCGUCUUACAAUCUGCAUUCUCCGUCAAAAUCUUCCGUCUUGGAUAGCCUUAGCCUUAGUACUGCGAGUAUACAAUCGAAUACUCCAACAUUCAAAUUAUACUUGCGCAUCACGAGGUUUUUUUUAAAAGGGUCGCUUUACGAGUGAAGCGAUUGAUCACUUCAGGCUGAUAGUUCAAUAAUAAUAUAUCACAACCCUUACGUGUCUUGUGGCGCUAUCGGGAAGCGAACGUACACAGACAAACGGACUCGUUGACGCCGUUAACUACCCCAAUGAGCAUGAGCUGAAGAAAACUCCGCUGACCGGCAGUCCGCUCCUGCCCCAAUUCGGUUAGCACUUUUACCACCUUGAAUCGAAAGCAAUGGCAAACUCACACAGCCUUUGCAUAUGGUUUUUGCGCCGUUUUGGUCUGAAAACGGGUAAAGACUUUGCCUACAGAGUGUUUUCACAUGACGUCACGGGGCCUAUUGGUGUCCCAAAACAAUGAAACGGCGACCAUGUUGGUGUUCCAAACGUGUCCCAGUGUAGGAGUUGAACUCUUUUCUUAUGCAACGCUUUCUUUUGUUCCAAUAAAUUUGCAAAGUUGCUGGCCACGUGAGUGAAAAUACCCUGGUUUGGUCAAUACCAGAGUGCUUGAACGUUUUUGUCGUUUCAAUUCCAAAUGGUAAGAAAGACUAAUUUAUGCCAAUUCGAAAUGGAAUCUUUUUGUUGGCGUUCUAGCCUAAGUAAUGAUAACAUAAUUUCUGCCUACGCCAGGUCUAAAAAUAAGAGGCCAGGUCGGGUGAAAACGGAUGUGGAAAAUGACUAUUUUCCCCACCCCCACCUCGAAUUACCAGGAAUACCCUCCCCGGGCGCGUAAGUACGCAACCGUUUGAUCCACUCAUCUGGAGAGUAAAUUUACUGUUUUUCACCUUGAUUAUUUGCAAAGGCAACUAGAUAACCAUGUUUCCGCAGAGCGGAAAGGUGACAGAUAUAAGCAGCUCUACGUUUCUGUCGAAUUUGCAAAAAACGGAAACACGUCAUAUCGUCUUCGGGAUGUAUCGAGCGGACGCCUAUUGAGUCCGCACGCGCAAGGGUCCAAAAUUACUCCUACUAGGUUUAAUAGGCUAUUGACCUUUUUUUGGUGUUCUUGGUGAUCCGCAUGCAGAAAAUUGUCUGGUAGUCGUGAUGUGCCACAGUUUUUUAGAAUGUUUACUCUUUUCUCGUAAAAAUGGCCAUUUAAUUUCCGUGAAAGCCUUUGUACAUGUUGAUUUCCCGUCUUAGCCUCAUUACCACCUUGUAAAAAAAGCCUUAAGCAUUUGUUGCACAGCCUCUGUUAGUUAGGACGUUCUCAUUAAUGUGUUAACAUUAUUCAGGGUUCAUUUUUUGGACAGUGGCCGUUCAUCUUGACUGGGCGAUCAAGUUUCGGCUCAGUCAUGGCUUAUUUUGACCACUAAAACUAACAAAGUGCUAAUUAGCAUUCAGAGUCGCAGUACAAGACAGUCUCAUCUGUCUUCUCCGGAUUUAUAACUGCGAGCAGCUAAAAUAUUUAAUGGUUUAAACUGUAUUGUAAUUUUCAGGAUAAAUGAGAAUAAAUCUUUUUUUUCUUCCAGUUAUUUAUUUAAAAGCCAUACACUGACCUGACAAGUCAAAAUGACCAGCCAACUGCAAGUUUGUUCAAACAAAUGGUCAUCUUAGCCGGACGUUGUCCGUUGACCGGCCGUUAUUCAGUGAUUGUUAACAUACAACAAGUAACCAGUCUGUUUGACACGAAAAUUACCGAACUUUAAUUUGCCUUUACAUCCGGUGGUAUAAAGUUGACCUUGAACAGGACUUUGAAAAGCAGCUAAAAGCGGCGACGCAAACAAGCGUAAUGACAACUUUACGUACAACCGCGUAAAGUGACCUUUAAUCACCUUUAAACGACUUUAAAUACUGGCGUAAAGUUUGUCACAGAACUUUAAGCACAUUAUCACAAUCUUUAUUUUUUCGUAAAUUCGCGUUAUAAUGCUGUGCUUUCUGCUCCAGAACCGUUUUCAGGACAGAUAAUUCAGCUGAAUUACAACACGACAAAGUAGACUUUUUACCAGGGCGUUUCGCCACACCUUCUACAAAAAUAGACCUAUUUAGCUUGUAUAUUUUGCUUUCCCAUUUAAAACCAGGUGAUGAUACCAAAAUGUUUCUUUCGAAUGUUAUCAUUCGCUAGCUCAUUCUCUCUUGGUAUGCGUAAUUUAUGAAAAGACAUAAUACAUUCAUUUGAGUGUCAAAAGUGACGCAGACUAUUCUCAAUUAUUCAUUAACGAAAAUCCCCAUGAAUGUCAGCUAAUUUCUUAACUGGCGUCAAAACUAAGACAUUUGGUAGUUCGGAGAUCACUUCUUCUCUAGAAGUGAUCUUUCAAUUCUCACAAGUUGUUAUUAUUUAAAACAGGCUCACCUGGAAGCUUGCCCGUUCAAAAUUGUUACUUGCACUAUCGAAAAUUGCCAUGUGACCGUGAAAAGAAAAGACCUCGAACAACACGUGACAAACACGUGCGAAUGGAGGAUCAUAGAAUGUGAAUACUGUGAAGAGCCACACCCAAAGAGGCACUUACAGGUA